CAAAACGAUCACAUUGGUCGCGCACAUGUAGUAAAUAACGUGCGCGUAAAACAAGUUCUUAUUUUCUGAUAAAAGUGUCAUUAAACAGCGGCAUGGCAAUUGAUAGCGAAUCGAAAAAGUCACACAAAAAGAAGGAUGUCAGUAAAAAUGUCCCAAAACUGGAUACCAAUCAGCAGCAACAACCGGUGCACAAGAAAAAGAAAAUAGUUUUCGGGGAUGAUGGUGAACAGCGAGAGGUUCCGGUGGAUGUUUCGCAGACAGCCGACGAAACCGAUACCGGUCAGACGAACAAGAAGAAAGAUGCUAAACGAAGUACAAAGACCGAAAGCACGAAGGAAGAUGUCGACAGCAUGGAAAAGCGUUGGUAUGAGCACUUCGACGGAUACAACACCGUGGGCGAACUGGUGGACUUGAAGGAUGCCGAAAUAGCCGAGCUGCGUAAGCUGUGUCGGGUGGCAUUCGAGGCGGAAUGUCGGAAUCAGAUGAAAAAUAAUCCAUCAGAUGCGAAGUGGUUGAUGACGGCCCUGGAGAAAGGUACCUCGCGGGAUCGGGCCAAUGCGGGUGCGCUGCUGGUGCAGACAAAUCCGCUGUGUAAUUUGCAAGCCCUGGAAUCAAUCGUCGGGAUGGUCAAGCUGUCGAACAAGGGACACGUGGAUGUGGUGGAAGUCGUCACUGAGCUGAUGCUGAAUUCUAUCAUGCCAGCGUUUCGGAAGCUGAUCUCGAUUCCGCUUCGGGGAGCUGAUUGGAAGAAUGUAAAAAAGUUGGAACUUGAAAAAGGAUUGCGCGAUCGAAUUUACGCCCACUGGCACUUCGAAGAUGCGCUGCGAGAUAUCUAUUUCGCGUAUUUGAACAAUCUAUCAGCGUUGGUUCAGACCGGACAGGAUGUUACCAAAUUGAAGGUUAUUCAACAUGCUUCGAAGUUGUUUACGAUGAUUCCCGAAAAGGAGGCGUACUUGUUGUCUCUGCUGGUGAACAAACUUGGAGACCCAAGUAAGAAGGUGGCCGUGAAAGCGUUGUAUCACUUGACGGAAGUCGUCAAGCGACAUUCGGCCAUGUGUCCUAUAAUUGUUACCGAAACUGAGAAACUGUUGUUCCGAAAUAACAUUUCAGCGAAUGCUCAGCACUAUGCAUUAAGUUUCCUCGCAGCGAUCAGCAAUUAUGGAGAUUUUAGUUCGUGCGAAAAAAUGAUUAACGUCUGCUUUUCGUUUUUCAAAAUUCUCAUCGAAAAGGGCGAAGUAAACUCGCGAACUAUGCAGGCGAUUUUGGCUUGCAUUCGGAAGGCAAUCGGCAACGUCAAGCGGGAUGUUGACGUCGCCAAUUUGGUUAAGCCGGAGGUGUUGAAUACGGUUUACCGGAUGAUUCACAUGGCGGACAUUUCCAUCGCUUGCCAGGGACUGUCACUGAUGCUCGAAAUUACGGAAGCCAAAGGUGUCGAACAGAAUCGGUUCUACAAUGCACUGUACAAAAAGCUGCUCGAUCCACAACUAGCCAGUAUAGGGCCAAGAAUAUCGAACAUUUUCUUCUACAUCACUCAUCGGGCGAUUCAGAAUGACCCCAUUUCGGAUCGGGCACAAGCUUUCAUCAAACGUUUGCUGCAGGUGGCGUUCUAUUUUCCGCCGGCUCGAGUCUGCGGAGUGCUAAUUGUGAUCAAUAAGGUGCUCCGGAAGCGGAAGCAUCUUCUGAUUGAUGGGUUGGUUCCAUCGAAUGACGCAGCAACGUACACAGAAGCAGUGGAAGAUGAGGAAACAUCGGUUGUGAAGACGGAAAGCAAUCGUAAAGUCACCCAAUACGAUCCAUACCAUCGGGCGUCUGAAUUCGCCGGAGCAAAGUACACCGUGAAAUAUGAAUUGGCGCGUUAUUUGCAAUAUUUCCAUCCAACGGUGAAGAAGUUCGCCGGUUGCAUCAUCAACAAUGCACCCCUCACAUAUUAUGGCGAUCCAUUGAGAGACUUCUCGCUGGGUCAUUUUCUGGACCGGUUCGCCUUCAAGAAUCCUAAAAAGCCAAAAACGGAGGAAACAGCCGAGGGGGAAAAUGUUCCCAAGAAAAGGAUUCUCGGAGUGGCCCAACGGAAGGGUGAUUACGUGCCAAGCGGAUCCAGAGGAAUCCCUGUGCAGUCGCUUACCGCCGAUCGUUGCACGGAGGACGAACGAUAUAUUUUCCAGUUCCUCGAGCAGAAGAGGGAGAAAAUUCGUCUCGCCAAAGAGUAUGCGAAGGCCAAGAAAGCUGCCGAGGGCAUCGAGGAUGGCGACGAAGAGGAUCUAUCGGACGCGGAAUCUCUCGAUGACGAUGAGUUUGAUUCGUAUCUGGAUCGGUUAGGUGUGGCCAGCGGAAACGAUGGCGAUGCCGAUCUGGAUGGUGAGGUUGAUUUUAUAAAUGAAUUCGAGCAGGAUCUGGCUCGGAAGGCUGAAAAGAAGAAACGCAGCAAGAGCCAAGCGGACGAAGAGGAUGGCGAAGAUGACGAAGAGUUUGGUGAUUGGGAUGACGCAGAAAAUGUGGACGACGAGGAUGAUGAUGAUGAUGACGACGAGGGUGAUUACAGCGAUUUGGAUGAAUUCAGUGACGACGGCAGCAUUUCGUUGGAUGAGGAUGGAAGCGGUGACGACGAAGAAGGCGAGGAAGACAGUGAGGAAGAUGACGAAGAUUCGAGUCUGAAAUCGAAGAAAAAGAAACGGAAGAAUGCUGAUGGUUUGAGCGACAAGGCCUUCCAGAAGAAGUUGAAGACGAAUGAUUUCAACUCGUUGUUCGCUGCGGCGGAUGAUUUCUCGGAAAUGCUAGAGAAGAAUGUCGGAGCGAAGGACAAAUCCCACGGCACGCUGGGUGAAGUCUUCAAUAAGGACAACGCCAAUCCUAAACAGAUGGCGUGGGAACAGGCUCGUUUCAGUGGCAAAAAUAAGAUGCAAAGUGGAAAGAAUCGAUUUAUCAGCAAGAAGCAGGGUUCGUCCAGUGGGGUGGAUAAGAAGUUUAAAAAUGGUAAAGUUGCCAAGAAGAAGCCGUUUACGAAAUCCAAGAAAGGGACCGGAAAGGUUGGUGGCAAGCGCAGGAAAUGAUGAAGGAAAAUAUCAAAAGUAUAAUAGUAUAAGUUUAUGAAUGUUACUUCAAUAUACGAUCUUUUCCAAUUGUAGUGAUUUAUUUUUUCCCCGAAAAGACAGUCACUAGAAUCUGCCAGUAUUCGAAGUAUUUGCAUUCGAAGAGUGUUUGUUUUUCGGUCAUCUGCUGCGUUGCUAUUCGACUAUUUCAAAGGCCUUGUGUAGUGAGUGAGGAAGCUGUGUAUUCUGUAAACUGUACAGUACAAUAGGAAUUAUGGAAAUGGUGCGCCCGUCUGGUUUACUGGCAUAGCAAAAAAAAAAAAAGAACACGUGAGUCAUAAGGCGAAAGAAA